AUGGCGUUUGGCAAUAAUCCGAAAGGAAUCAUCAAACAAUAUGGCAAGCGACAGCACAAACGGAAGGCGCAGAGUGACAUAAUCUGGCAGCGAGAGUUCUCUCCAAUGUCAGGCUCCAGCUUUGUACCUUCUCAUCACCAGCCUGAGCCUCUACUUCCCAAACGACCUCUGCCGAAGAGCCAGCGAGAGGCCACAAGCAUGCUUGUCGAGCCCACGCCUGAUCAGGUCGAGCAAGUCGUCAAUUUUACGGGCGCCGAUGAGAAUACUGCGAGAAGGUAUCUCAGGGUCAAGCAAUGCAAUCUCGAUCAGGCUGUCAAUGCCGUAAUUGAUGGCGAGGAUAUCAAUAGCUUGGAGCAGAGCAUCACCUGGGACGAAGCACCAUUCAACGCCGACCGAGAUGGCAAUGCGAAUCACCUCCGUCCACUUGGCGCCAGCACUGCGCCGCCCACUCGCCGCCCGUCACCAGCACCAAGUCUAGGCCUCUCGAAUCCCAAGAACAAGUCUGACGAAGAUGAUGAGCUGCAGAGGGCUCUGGCGUUGUCUCGAGAAGAUCUUGAUAUGCCAAAGUCCUACGACUUCCAGCAGCAAGAGACGGGCACAGUAUCAGCGAAUGGAACCGAGCAGAAGUUUGGCCCAGCGACUAAGACAGAGUAUGACAUGAGUCAAUGGGCAAUGGUCACUACGAGUGCUGCUACAGAAGUUGUGCCAGAUGUGUCAGUCCAUCAGCGGAAGCAGGGCAAUCACGAGCCAGCAUGGUAUCCCCGACUGCUCAAGCACUUGCCAGAUGGAGACUACACGCCCAACUUUAUCACUAUCGGACAUGCUAUCCCUAAGGUCAGAGAAGCAUUCCUACUGCGAGAGCACUUGGCGGCAAACUAUGGCUUCGACCAGAACUGGUGGACGGGCACACCAAUCAACGCAGAAGGAGGUAGGAUUGUUCAUCUGGAAGACAAUAGUGCUGUGGAUCCGGAUGUCGACAAGUAUAACGAGUUCAUUGAAGAGGUACAGCGGCUUACGGCAUUCCUUGAUGCCAGCGCAAGAGUAUACGCGAGUACGAAUGCUCUUACCCAGACGGCAUUGAUCAAGAAUAGCGACAUGAGGACAGGCCUGCCAUCGGGAAGCCUGCUUGAGCUUUUCCUACAAAGCUGGGUUGCCGCGGCCAAGAGCAAGUAUCCUGAAGACAGACACGCCGAUAUUGCUGGACUCUUUACGACGGUCGUUGGUACAGACAAUAAAGCUGGCAUGCGUACGCCUGAGCUCACUCUCGUUGAUCUGGAGACCAACACCAAGGACGACGAGGGUCAGAAUAUACACGAGCUGUUAGAUCAACUACUGUGGGACACGGAUCCCAAUGACACCGAGAUGACGAACAACUACAUCGAGCGUCCAGCAGAUGUGAUUGUCCUCCGUGUGCAGCAGAAGAACAGCUCCAAUUCGAAGUCUGGCGUGCGCGAUGUGCCGGCCACCCUACAGCUCGACAAAUACCUCAAGGGAAAUGUACCGGCGACACAAGAGUUACGACAGCAAAUGAUGCUUGGCAAGAAACGCGUGGCCAAGAUCGAGGAGAUCGAGAAGAGGCUCACCACAUGGCAGCACCCAACCAAGAGUACACAGAUCAACACAAAGGCAAUGCUCACACACACGCUCGGCCACUUUUCCGGACAGAAUCGAAAGGAUGCAGACAAGGCAGACAGGACCAACAACGCAUCUCUUGAAGCCCACGAGCCCGAGCACUAUCCAGAAAUCACGGCCAAGCUGGAAGAAGUCAUUGCGAGUAUUGAUGAGAAGUUAGCGAAGCUUGCUGCCGAGAAGGACAGGGUGCGCAAGGCCAUUGCUGGGAUGUCUUUAAAGCCGCCGCCUGAUCUGGAAGGUACGGAGGUGCAGUACAACUAUACUCUUCGUGGAGUAGCAACCAAGCCAAACAUCACCUAUGUUCUGCGCCACAAGACGAACGAAGAGGUUCAACACGAGCAAACGAAUGGCGAGCAGACCAUGCUGGAUGCAGAUAGCACCACUCCACCUGGUAUGCAAUGGUGGCGGCUUGACUACACAGUCACCGGACAAAGCGCCAAGAUCGUUCGCAGCAAGAUGGAUGAUGAUACGGUGCUGCAUGCUGCAGAGGCAGAGCACAAUUCUGUGCUUCUGGUGUAUGCCAACGACAAUGCUGAUGACAUCGAUGUGAUCGAAGAGCUACCAGAACCCCUCCAAACCUUCAUCGCGCAUGAUAACACCGCGCUCGAGAAAGACUUUAAGAAGGGCGCCCAAUCCGAUCCUCCACCGGCAUACGACAUGGUAAACUGGGACGACAUCCAAACCGCCCGCGCCUCUAUCGAACGCGACGACGAUCAAGACAGCACUCGCGUCAACACCGACAAUCACGACGUCUCUCAUCUCGAAGACUUGCCAGAUUACGGCAGCAGUCCGCGCUCUACCAUCCCUAUCGGCUACGACAAGAGUCUUGAUCCCGCGCCCGUGGAUAUUGUGCUUGAUUCCAACGAGGAUUUACUUGGAGUUGUGAAGGAUGUGGAGAUGGUGGAGAAGCCGUAUCCGUAUCCUUCGCUUGCGUCCAUGCAUGAUGGUAGUGAUGCUGAUAUGAUGGGUGAUGAGAGUCAGGAUGUGGGGGUUGGGGGGAGUGUUAUGGGUGUCGGGAAGGAGGAGAUGGAGAGGAAGGGUGGUUGAUCAUGAAGCGGCGACGAGGUCUAUCUUUUGCUGUGUACGGCAUUGCGUUUGCAUAGCGCUGGAGUUUCGCAUUCGUUGCUCGUGGAAGCUGAGGAUUCAUCGGCUACAAGUUCUUUGCUCUAGAACUAGCGAGAGAAAUGCUAUUCAGCAAUUAC